CAUAGGCGUUCCGGAGCGCAUCACAUGAUUUGAGUCUUGUGACAAUCCAGACAGAAAGGGAAAACGAGUUUCGAGUUUACAACUGUUUUUUUGUGUGCUCUAGAGUGAUUGGAGAGGUUCUUUUGACAAAAAAUGACAUAAUGAGGUGAUAAGAUGGCGAUAUUUUAGAAAUUUCCCUCUUUUUUAAAAAUAAGCAUCCUCCCUUUAGACUGAACAGUCCGUGAGUGUUUCGGGUGGUACAGUCAGGGACAAAGUUGGCACAUGGAGAGAGGCGAUAACUUCAAUUUUUUCGCGUCGUAUUUUCUUAGUUUUUUUCUACCCAUCCGUGCCUGCGAAAGUCGUAUGACUCGAGGCAACACCGAUUAAGUAAAUCAAAUUUGUGUGGGAAUAAGAAGGCCAGCCAAGGCAAAGAAAGAGAAAGAUAACUUGAGGACGCAACAGAUAUGGACAGCAAACCUCUUCUCCAAGACCGUCCUCCCGCUUAUGCUAACGUCGUCCCGGGGGCGUAUGAAUAUGGCCAGCAGCACAAUUAUGGAGCUAUCCCCGCCCCAACCCCUGCACCCCCGGGCUUUCAACAGCCGCCGCCAUAUCAGUACCCCACUGGCCCAGGGUUCCAAGAAGGCACCAGUGCACAGAUGGGCCCAGCCAUAGCCCAGCAGCCCUACCCUGGCACAUACACCAUCAUCCAGCCCUCCGUGGUGGUGGUGGGGGGCUGCCCAGCCUGCAGAGUGGGCGUGCUGGAGGAUGACUUCACCUGUCUGGGGAUCAUGUGUGCCGUCUUCUUCUUCCCCCUGGGGAUCCUCUUCUGCCUGGCACUGCGCCAGAGGAGAUGUCCCAACUGUGGCGCCACCUUCGGGUAGAAGGACCAACCUGUAGCUCGUCCUCUCACAGCCCAGCUGGAUCUUAUAACUUUGUUGUUUAUAAUUAUUACACACUGAGGAUGCCAGGUAUUUUCUAUACAACGAUUAAGUAGUCGCCACAAUGAACUUAUAGCCAGCCAUUCAUUCUGAUGAUAUGAUAGAGGUGCAUGUGAAAACCUACAUUUGCACAUGGUAGAAUAUACUUUGGUAGUAUUAUCUAGUGAAGAAGCCUGAUCUUUGUCUAUCUACUGCUGGUGCCUUUAUUACGCUAUAGAGCAGAAAACAGACAGGGGCCAUAUUCCACAAAGCGGAUCAGAAAAGAUCCUAGGAUCCUGGUUUAAGACAAAACAAGCUCCCAGCUCAGAGUAGGUUUUAUGAUGAUAAGUUACUGCUCAGACAAACUCUGAGCCAGGAGAAAAAUCAACUCCUAAAAGUUUCUCUGUUGGUAAUCACGACAGUUUGAGGUACCGCAAAAGAAGGAUAGUGAUGAUGCUCAUUGACAUUGUUGCAAAUGAUGAGGAAUAACCAAUCCCGACGAGGCACUGACAGCUGUAUAGCACGCUUCAGACAACGGCGGUGAAUGUUGCAAUGGUAAAACGUUUAUCUUCUGCCUGACACCAUGACUUUGUCUACUUUUCAUUUAGCCUAAUAUGUAGGUUUGCAUAUGUUUAGAAUAAUGUGAAUGCCAUAUUGCACUGAAUCAUACAGUUUGACAGUUAAAAUAUGAACGUUAUAUCAGCACACUUCUGUUCAACAGAUCUAAAUAGCUUUGGCACACUAGGCAUCGAGUUACUUGCCGAUAAUGUUGCAUAAAGCAUUUAAAAAAGGUCUAAUUUUACCGAACAAAAUCAGUUAAUAUAGGCUGUAGAUGCUUUGUUGCCCAACCCAUAGGCACGGCCACGGCCUUUUUUUAACGUGGUAUUGCGCUCCAAAGGGAUAACUUUAAAUGACAUGAUGUAGGUUCAUGAAAUAGUUGAAAGAGAACUGUGUGGUUGUUUAUUAGCCCAGUGGUUGUAAGUAUUUAGGCACAGGCUGUCAUGUGAAUGAAGGUACAAGGUGUACAUUAUUAUGGGUUGAUCGUAUAGAAAUAUCAAACAUUCUUUCAACUCCAAAGCAACUGCCUGUCUAUGGCGCAGGAACCACUGCCUUUUUCUAUUACCAAGACACCUGUUGGUAACUCUUCACUGGUUAGGACAGCUCAUGAGGUCUCCUAAAUAUCUCUUGACUAGGUGGGGGACUGUUAUGGCUAAAGAAGCUUCCAGCAUAGCUUUUAUUUGUACCCUUAAGAGUAGGAGUAAAAUGUCAUCUCAGCACUUACCACCAAAUGUUUUACUCUGAGAUGCUUUGUGGAUACGGCCCCAGGGCGCAUAUUCAAAAAGUGCAUCCGAGUAGGAGUGCUAGGAGAUCUAGGAUCAGGUCCUCCCUGUCAUUAUAAACCUUGUGCAUUAUGAUUUAAAAGCCAAACUGAUCCUAGAUUGGCAAUCCUACUCUGAUGCUCUUUGUGAUAUAGGCCCAGAAAGGGAUUGCGAUCAUUAUGUGGCUCAAGACAUGGAUCAAUAACAAAUCAUUUACUUGAUAGAAUUCCUUUGUUUUGUCAUGUUCAAUCAAACGGAGGCACAAGUAGAUUUUGUGCUCAAUGUUAAAUUCCAAUUGCGCCACAACUGGGAAUUGUUCAGUUCUGCCACUCCUGAAGCGCCUUCUGUUUCAUGUAGUCACAAUUUUAGGAUGAAUGUAUUUUUUAAAGAAGACUCAUUACGUUGGGAAGUGGUUCGUCACUGUACAGGUAUAUGACUAUAAGGAAAUGACCCAUCGAGCGAGAGCCGCUUUAAGCAACCCUUUUGAACCUCUGUUUUGAAGCCUUUGAGAAUGCUGCCCCCACUCAGUCUGGGCCAGUGUCGCAGAGAAUAUCUUUCCCCAGCUUGACUCUGGCUGGGGGAGGGUUUUAAACGUAACACUGAGACAUCAACUGUCCCUAACCGAGACAUUGAACAUUUGUCAUUGAGCUGUUGUCUGUUCUGGUUUCUUUUUAUUCUGGGGCCAUGUCAUAUUUUCACGGGUAUGAUUCUGAUUUGAUUGCUUUUAUAUAGGUCUGCAGACCUCAGCGUUUCUUAUUGGACAAGACCAGGUAGUCUCUCCCUGUUUCAGUCCAUUUUCUACCGUUUGCUGCCUAAUGAACAGGGGUCUCUGUUCCAAUAUCCUUUAAUGUCACUAUAGCAUACCACUUAGAACGUACAUUUUUAUUGGGCAUGCAUUCUAAGUAGUGUGGAAAUUCCGACAUGGGGUGAAGCGCCCUACACAGGCUCUGCAGGAGUUCACCCAGGUCAAGUCGGGCACCACGUCUUUGACCUACAACCAAGCAGACUCAGCCGAGGGAGGAAAAGCAUGCAGCGAGUUUUUGCAUAAUACAAGCAGGUUGACGUGUGUAAUCUCUGGAUAAUGUGUAGCCAUCUUAGUAUUAUUCUCAGUGAUAACUCAGCCUCCUGCGAUCCUCCCAACAAUAGACAAUCAACCAAGAAUGUCUCUAUGUACCCACUACCACCAGUAGUGUAUUGUUACUGUCCAUGUCAUGUAAUAAAAUGGGGUCAUAUAUGGGGGGUGUAUUUUACAUGGAUCUGCUUUGAAACACUACGCACUCCAUCAUGAUUGAGGUCCUUAUUUUUUAUAAAAGAGUUAUUGUAAAUAAAGAAACAUGAGUGCAGUA